UUCAUUGUGAUGCAGAGUGUGUUCUACCCUGAUGAGAGGAUCAAUAUAAGAUUCGAUAUUAAAGGCUGCGAGCUGGGUAGAUGGACUAACCCUGACACAGGUGGGAAACAAAUAAUAAAAGUGCUGAAGGACAAUAACUUUGAAGGGCAGCAUAUUGGAUUAGGUCGGCAGACAUCCUGGUUUGUCAAUCAAGUAAAAGUGGACGCUGGUUUUCUACGACAGCUGAAUGUGAUGGACUACAGUCUCCUGUUGGCCCAUCAGCCUCUGCACCAAGAUGAGAUUGAUGGGAAACAGUCUAUGGCAAACCUCGUCAGGCGCACCAUGAAGUCUUUGGACUUUGAUGACAGCCCCAAAGAGUCAGAAUCAUCCACCGUUUCAUUAUUGCAAGAGACCACGGCUGAUGUUGUACCAGAUAGUACAGAUGGUGGGUCAGGAGAGCCACAGGCAGCAGCUGAGGACUUCGGUGAAGGGAUCCCCCUCCAGGAGAUCAACUGUCCUGUGAAAGAAACUGAGACUGACUCAGAGCUGCAGAAGUUCCAUGAACACCAUCGUAGGCUACUGCCCAACUGCAAAAAUGCUAUUCAUGUCAUAGAUGGGCCAGAGCGUCGCUACUUUGUCGGCAUUAUAGACAUUCUUACUGUCUACGGUUGGAAUCAAAGAUGGGAGAACCUGUGGAAAAGUCUUCGUUACCCAGGCAGGGACUUUUCCACGGUUAACCCCACCAAAUAUUCAAACAGGUUCUGUCAGUGGAUACAGGACCGCACUCAGUGACACAAUGCAGGACACAGUCAUCACCGAUAUACUAUAUAGCGCAUGUGUCCACCAGAUGGGGCACUACUGCAGCUCCCAGAAAACUUUUGGGUGUAUAAUAACCCUACAUCUAUUGACAUUCAACAUUGCUAACAUUAACAAUUUAUCUGACAUAUUACAUACAUGUUUUUUUUCUUUCUUGUAUCCCUCUGCUAAUGUAUUGUGUACUAUUUAUGUGUCUGCUUAACCCUUAUGUUGUGUCCCAACCAA